AUGGAAUCUUCUAUUUCUAGUGCCCUUCAAACUAUUGUCAAUCAGAUAGUGGCAAAAAUUCAAGCGCACAAGGAUAGAGUUCCGUUUCUUGGAACUGAUGGCGAACUUUUCCUUCCAGAAAUUUGGCUUUCAGAUUUGGAAUCAACUUACGUCCAGGAUUUCAUUGAUAUAUAUAAUAUCGAUAAAAACAUUUCGUUCUUUAUGAUAUUUAACAAAAUUACAUCCUACGUUGCAAGUUUAGUAAAUUCAAGAGUCAUUCAAGACGUUGGAAUUGUUGAAAUCAUAAUAUACGAUUAUCUUCUUAAAUGCGUUUCAGGAUGCACAUUUAGAGUUUCCGAAGAGCUUACUUUCAACAAAUUUUUGGAUGAUUCCACGAAAAUUACGAUUCAAAAUCCACAAAAGCAAGUUCUAAUACGAACUUUGGCAAGUAUAGCCAAUCAUUUCAUUGAUAAUGGCGCUAUUCCUAUUGUAAAGUCUUUAUCUUCAAUUACUAACGUAACAGACUUCGUAAAUGCAAUUCAAUUCUACUUGCAGAUCAAUAAAGCGAUAGAUAUCACAUUUGAAAGCAUGGCGGGCUUCUACAGACAACUUUCAACUGAAAAUCGAAUUCAAUAUUACGAAUUAUUAAAGACAAUGAUCCCUGAAUUAUAUCGUAAAUGCAAAUACCUUCAUGUUUGUCCUUAUUCCCCGAGAUCUCGUGACCUCCUUAACAUUUUUUGGUCGUUGAAACCAAUUCGCGAAGAAGAUAUAUCCGAAUUCUUGGUUUUACUCAUGUCACUGUCUUUGGGAUCAAAGGAGAAUAGUGACUGCGUAAACCAGAUAGUUAAAAAGGUUUUGGAAGUGAAAAAAUUGUCAAAAUUAAAUCCUCAAGCUCAAGAAGGUUUUAAUCACGUCAUUGCAUCCACAAUACUCCGUGGAACAGCUGCAAGCAAAGAUAUCGCCUUCUUAAAGUCAAAUUUCGAAAAUUAUUACACAAAUUCUAAAAACAAAGCGAAAUUACAAGAAAUCGUCGAUACAAUUGUUCCUAAGUACUUAUCAUACGAUAUCAUCUCUGCAAAAGGCGGAGAAACUGGUUUCCAAACUUAUAUAAUUCCGAUUUUGUCAGGACAUCCAAAUCCAAUGAUUUUACCACAAUCAAUCGAGUUCGUAUUGAAAGAUAAUAUCUAUGGAAUCAAUUACAUCAACCCAGAACUUAUGAAAAAUUAUUUCCACGUAUUUUUAAACAAAACAGCAAAUGUCAACCCAAAAAUCUUUACAAGCUGCUUCUUCAACACAUUCUCUACUCCACACUCUUUAAUCAUCCUUACAAAACACAAAGAUUUAAUUCCGAAUUAUUUUGAGCUUUUAAACAAAUAUGCAUCAACAUAUUUCGCUUUACCGAACUUUUCUCAGUAUUAUUUGAAGGCUCUCAUCACUCUUUUCUCACAAACAAACAUUCUUCCAGAUCCUUUACAAUUAAUGGAACUUUUCUUGAAUAUUGACAUGUUUAUCCAGCGUCUUAUUCUUAAUUAUGAUCCGAUGCUUCCUUACGCAUCGAUAUUGAUCGACAAAUUCGUUUCUUGGACAAUUAAUUCAAAAUUAAACGACGGAUUAUCCGAAAUGGGCAAAUCUAUCAUUUCCAUUUGCGCCAUUCUUGAUGUUCUUUUCGAUACAAACACUGUAGAUUCGAUUAAAACAUCUCUUGGCCUUGAUGAAAAUUGGUCGAUGCAAUCUGUUGGUAGUUCCGACAUCUACGCCUCAACAGUGAUCAAAUGCCUCAGUAUCUGGCUUGCUCUCGUCAGUUCAACCACAGGAGGAAAGUGCCAGACCGUAAUAAACUAUAAGAUCCAAGGAAACUUCAAUAUUUUGAUUGCAGCUCCUUUGGUCGAGUACAUUUUCAAGAACUGUGCAGCUAUAUUAGAUCACAAGCGCAUAGAUAUCAUUGAAAAACCUCCUGUCAAAGUAUUCUACGAAAGUUUGUUUGUUUUGUUCGGUUUCGGAAGCGGUGGCCUCUCCCAAAUAAUCGAGAAGUCCAAGUUCAUCGAGAAAGCAUCCACUCCAUCACUUCUCGACGCCGCAUUAGAAUCAUUGAAGGAAAUUAAACUCGAUUCAUCACCUCAAGCCAAGAAACAUUGGUCACAGACCCUCAAAUUGCUUUCCGCCGCGAUGUCGACGAGAGAAGCCCAUUCCUACUCCUCAUCGCAACUCGAACAAUUUGUAGUUUACAUUUUACAAGAUUUACAAUUAUGUGACGGGCUUGAAUCGAACAUUAUCAAACAACCAAUCUUAGCGUUGAUCACCUCAUUGUACGAGAACUGUCCAAAAGUAUCAACAGCGAGGAGAAUGUGUGUUGCUUAUGCAUUAGUUUACAUGAUACAAAACGAAAGCAAAAACAAAACCAGAUCAAUUCCUCGCUGUUUGAAAGUUUUGGAGAAAGUUUUCAUCGGAUUCAAGAUAGAGCCAGGUGAUUCCAGUGUAUAUGGCAAUAUCUCCAAUUACGAUACAUUGAGUUACACAUUAGAAAAGAUCUCCCAUUUCUUUGCUGUUUUAGUUGAUUGUUUGAUAAACGACAUUGAAGAUGAAAUUGAAGUCAGACAAUGUUUUGGUGACUUGAUAUACACAAUAUUGAUUAACAAUGUUGAUAACGUGUAUCCGAUCUACAUGUACUACGCGAGAAUGCCUGAUUCUAUAUUAUCAAGAGUCUUCAAUGACGCGAUGAUGAAAUAUUUGGAAAACGAUGAUAAAAUAAAAGACAGUUUUUACAUCAAAAAAUUGUCAAAGGCUGAUUACAAGAUUUUCAAAGAACCACCAAUUAAUUGUAUCAGUUUCUACAUGGCUGCCAUCAAACACGUCAUAGCAAAUAUGAAAGGAGAUGUAAUAUUUGACAUGAUGGCAAAUGAACUCAAAACAAAGAAAAACACCAGAGAUGAAGUGAUCAAGAAUUUCUUUUCUGUUUGGUUCUACAUUUGUGCAACACCACAAGUAGUUGAGACAUGCAUGAAAGCUGUCAACAUUCACAAGUCUUUCUUCAGACAGUUCAUUCCUCAUGGAAGUUUCCCUUAUUAUUUGAAGGAACUUUCAUUGAAAAGUGGUUUUUCUGUCACUCAAAUUUUCAGAGACUUGUUUAUUUUGCCAAUUUUGCAAACACCUCUUCCAUUUGGCUACACGUUCUGGGAAGUCAAUGAUGCAGAAACGAUUGCUGACCAAGUCAUGAACCAAAUGAAAAACUACUUCACUGUCGUUGAAAGUGUAAGCGUCUCCUAUUUCGCACCACCUUUCCCUGUCUUAAGUGAUGAAAUCAAAAUGUUACAUCACUUUUUGGAUGAUUUACCAGCUCAUUUCCAUGAUUGCGAGAAAUACACAAGAUGUGAUCCUGUUUUCUUGGCAUUGUACAACUCAAGAUGUCUUAUAAGUAUCGAUAAGCAGAUAACAAGAAGAAAAUAUUGGCUUUUGACAACGAAAUACAUUCCUAAAGAAGUUUCUUUGAAUGACAUCAUUGAAUUUUCAAAGCAAACGAUAGAGUAUUCAAAUGAAAAAAGUGUCAAAAUUAUUUUAGAUGCAGAAGUUGAUUGCCAAUGUUUGAUGGAUAAUUUCACAACAUAUAUACAACAACUUGGAGAUAAAAUUGCUUCUGUUUCUUUGUUGAGAUGCGGAAUUGGAUUAUCAACAAAAAUCAUGGAGAUAAAAGAUGAAAAAUUCGAUUUAAUGGUUGACCAAUCAAUCUUGGAUGAAAGUGUUAUGCCAAUGCAGUUAUAUAUUCCUGAGUUGAAUAUAAACGGAGAAUUGAAUUCAACUACCAAUUUCAGGUUCAUUGUUUUAUCCAAUUCUUUCCAGUUUUACGCUGUUGAAAAUGGAAUGGAUGUUUUUUCAAGCAUCAAUUUCAUUGAUCUCACUGAUAUAUCUGUUAACAGAAACAUCCUACAUUUGCAUGCAAAUUACAGAGAUAUCAGAUUCUCUUCAAGUGUUUCGAAUCAAAUUUUGAAGUUGAUUGAGAAUUUCAACAAAGAAAUUAGAACUUUGUCACUUCCAAGGAGUGAUUUAACCAUUGAUCCUCUUCUUGAAUUAGUUUCCAUUGCUUUCCACACUGUUUCUUCAACAGAAAGUGAGUUGAGUUCACAAGGAAUUUCAUUGUUCUUUGCUGCUUUGAAAUGCCUUGAAGGAAAAACUCCUUUCGUUGAUCCUUACAUCCAUACGCAGAGUGGAUUUGCAAUUCCUCACACUAAUUUCUCACAAUUGAUAAGUGAACAGCACAGAUACGAAAUGAGUGCAAUCCUUUCUCUUUCAAAGAUCCAACUAAAGACUUCUUCAAUGUUGACAACAAUUUUGGAAACGAUUAAUUCAGAAAAUGUUCCAAGUUCUAUGUUGGCAAUCAUUGCACAGUCAACUGUAAGAUUAUAUGCUUUAGAACCAAAAGCACAAGCUACAGCGAAAGAAUUACUUUGGACAAAGAUUACUUCCAGCAAAUUCAUUUAUUGCGUCAUUCCUAUUAUUGCUCAAUUUUGUGAAGCAAAGCAAUUUGCUGAUUUAGUUUUCUGUCUGUUGAAGAAGAAUUCUGAAGCUAUUUAUGAUAGUUUGUACACUCGUUUAAUCAAAAACGAAAUUUCAUUAAUGACAUUUUAUAAAUUUGUCAUGAAACCAGCUUGUUUAUAUGUUAUUUCAAAUGUCUACACGAAGAGCAAAGAUCUCUUCAAGACAAGAGAAGCGACAUCAUUAUAUAUCAUGGCAAUUGGUUUGUCUUUGUAUCCUGCUGAUUUAUUAACUAUUUUCAAGACAUUCUUUACACAAUAUUUGACUUAUAAAGAUGAAAAAGAAAUUCUUGAAAAGUUCAAUCAAAUGAAGAGAGAUCCUAAAAAUUAUCUAUCAAUAGUUUACGAAGCAGCUGCUAAAUCCAAUGAAUAUGAUUUGUUCUUGAAAUACAUUGACAUCACAACACAUUCAGGAUAUCCAGAUCCAUUAGUUUUGGCAUCAGAUUUAUCCGAAAUGCAGUCGAUUGCUGUGAUAAAGAGAGCUUUCCAGUCAAAGAAUGAACACAGAUUAAUUUAUAACAUUGAAACAGUGACUGAAUACAUCUAUUCAUACAAGAGAUACAAUGUUCAGCCUUUGUUCUUGAUCUGGGCAAUCUUUCCUUUGUUGCAGUCGAAUUCAAGUGACUUGAAAUUGAGCGCUUUGAAACUAAUCAAAGCAAUUUUCGUUUUCACGAAAGAUGUCAUGAAUUAUCCAACGAUUUUGGAUAUAGCGAGUUCCAUCAAUCAAAGCGAUUUGUUGAUCAACGCAAUGGAAUCAUUUUAUGAUUCAAUGUACGAUGGAUUCGAAGAUGGAUCAACAAACUUCGAAGCUUAUUUCGGUAUCGCUUUGGCUGGAGCUUUAGUUGGUCCAUUGGCCGACCAAAAGAUAAAGAAAGCAGCAAUAGACGUUCUUCAAUUAUGUCUAGAUAAUAUUAACAUACAUUAUGAGAGUGUUUACUUCGUUGCAAUUGCAGCUGCAAUGACAGAUAUUGAUUUAUCAAAGUAUUUAGGUGAACAAUCAUUUAGUGAUUACAUUUGCGAGGAAUUGGAUAAAAGAACUCCUUACGAAGCAUUGUUUAUCGCACAAACAUUGUUCUUGGGAUUGAUAACAAGAGAGAAUAAGACGGAAUUCUUCACAACAGCAAUGAUCGCGUUCUUUAAGAUAAGAACAGAAAUUCCUGCUUUCACCUCUAAAUACAUGUUGAAUAUUUUGACACCAAUGUUAGAUAAGAAAGGUGAAGAAUCAACAAGACUCCAAACACUUUCUAAGUUAAUCGCAAUUGCAAUGACUGCUUUGCCUUUUAAUGACCAGGGAUUCAGAGAUUUGAACAACCCAGCGGCACCAAUAAUGGAUGAUAACGAUUUGGGUUUCCAUUUCGAAGAUUUGGCUACUGCUGUCGAAGACGCAAUCAUGACAUCUUAUGUCAAUGAACCUGCCCCAGAAUUGACUUACUAUUACAACCCAACAAAGCUUCAGGAUACCUCUAAACGUUGA